AAUGGCUUGAGAACAGUACGUGUUAAGUGCACUGAGUCAAGAGUGUUGUGUGCAGUGUGCACGGCCACGGCCAACAGAGCAGCAGCCCUGCCAGACGCCUAUCACGUCACACCGCCGGCCGGAGGCGUAGACAACAGUUGUGUGGGACUGUGUGGUGGUGUGGUUGUCCAACGCAUCUCUGGAACAAGCAUCUGUGGCAGUUAUGGCUACCAAAGGACCUGGAUAUGCAAGUCCUCUCAUGGCCAUGAGGGAGGGCCCCCGGGAGAAGAUUGUGUGGCUUCCAUGCAUUAGGACUGGUUCAGGGAAGCCAGACUAUCUAGCUACGGUUGAUGUUGAUCCAGGGUCAUCAACAUACUGUAAGGUCAUCCACCGAUUGUAUCUUCCUUACCUGGAUGAUGAAGUUCACCACACUGGCUGGAAUACUUGUUCAUCAUGCUAUGACGACCCCACGAAGGUCCGCAACAGACUCGUUAUGCCUGCCCUGGGCUCCUCAAGAGUGUACAUCAUUGACAUCUCUUCUGAACGACAUCCAAAACUCUUCAAGAUAUUAGAGCCUGAGGUCUUGAAGUCAAAUGGUGUAAGCCAUCCUCACACCACCCACUGCCUGCCCAAUGGCCAAGUCAUGAUAUCCACACUUGGGGAUGCACAAGGCAAAGCCAAAGGAUCCUUCAUCACAUUCGACUCCUUUACUUUUGAGCACACAGGUCCAUGGACAAGUAUGGAUUCUGAUUUUGGGUAUGAUUAUUGGUAUCAGCCUACACAUGAUGUUUUGAUCUCCACUGAAUGGGGCUGUCCUUCUGCAUUCUUUAAGGGAUUUGACCCCAAAGAUGUUUCAGCUGGGAGGUAUGGCACCCACCUCAAUGUGUACUCCUGGUCUGAGCGACGUCUACUGCAGCGCAUUGACCUUGGCCCAGAGGGUGUCAUGCCACUGGAGAUUCGCUUUCUGCAUAACCCUCUAGCCACUGAGGGUUUUGUUGGCUGUGCUCUUUAUGCCAAUGUUUUCAGAUUUUACAGGAAGCCUGAUGGGACCUAUGAGACACAGAAGGUGAUCAGUAUACCUCCUAAGAAGGUAACAGGAUGGGCCCUGCCAGAGAUGCCAGGUAUUAUGACAGACAUUCUCAUAUCAUUGGAUGACCGAUAUUUGUACUUCAGCAACUGGGCACAUGGAGAUAUUCGCCAGUAUGAUAUUACUGACCCAGAACAUCCAAAGUUAACGGGACAGAUUUUCCUUGGAGGAUCGAUAGUAAAAGAUGGUGCAGUAAAAGUAAUUCAUGAUGUAGAAUUACAGGAGCAGCCAAGUCCUGUGUACAUCAAGGGAAGACGCAUUGAAGGAAGUCCUCAGAUGCUGCAGCUCUCACUUGAUGGGAAAAGGCUCUAUGUCACAGACUCACUGUUCUCUCCAUGGGACAAACAGUUCUAUCCAGAUAUUGUCAAGAAAGGGUCAUUGAUGCUGCAGAUUGAUGUUGAUACUGUUAAUGGUGGACUUACACUGAAUCCCAACUUUUUGGUUGACUUUGGGAAGGAGCCAGAAGGGCCUGCUUUGGCUCAUGAAAUCAGGUACCCAGGUGGUGACUGCACAUCAGACAUCUGGUUGCCUCCAGGAUCCACAGAAUGCCCUCACAAUAAGGCUCUGUGAUGCAAUAUUUCAUCUGUGUAAGGUGUUAGCGCCAAAAAACAACAACAGCCAUCUUGUAUCUACACUAACAAUGGCAGUCUUGCAUCUACAGCAUCAAGACAGACUGUUAAUUUUAUAUUUUAGCAUUAUUUUCAUUUGUAAUCAUUAUCUAAUAAUUUAUAAACAUAUUAUAUUCUGGGGACAUCUGGGAACUAUUAUAAAAGAUGUUUUGGGUGUUGUUCUCGUACCAGCAACAAUAACCCCUAGGCCUACCAAAACCUAACCUUCAGGGUAUAAGACGCAGGCUGAUUUUCUGAAUCUUCAUUUUAAAAAAAAGUGCUUCUUGUAUGGUGGGAAAUACGGUAUAAGCACUUUUAGCCAUCCUUAGUGAUCAAUGCUUAUACCACUUUCUUGGAGCAGUACUAAACUCCACCAAUAAGUUAACCUCCUGGUGCUCUUUAAUGCACUUGUAUAUUAUCAUUCCCAUAUUGUUCAUUUUCUUACAAUUCUCUUUAAAACAUCAUUGAGAAAGAAACUUCAUGGGCCUGUCAGUCUGUCAUCUCUCUGUGACUCAUUUGAAAAGGCCAUUUUGGCACCUUGAUGUCUGAGUGUCUGCUUUGAGAUGACAUUUUGUAAGUGCUACAAAACAACUCAUAUUACAUGGCAUUGCUUUAAAUGUGCAUCAACCUAUGUUUUAAGUUCAAUUUAAAAAUCUUUUGAGAGGGGGUCAUAAAAGAGAAUUGUUGGGACCACUUUUGUUUAUAUUAUACACUUUUGAAAGAAGUCCACCAUAAUAUGGCAGUUAUUAUUGUGCUGUAUGUCUAUUUGAUAAUCAUUUUAGUUCUUAGUGUCGUGUGAUAUUUUCUUGCCUCAUAUCUUCUAUAGCCUAAUUUCUAUGUAGCAACAAUAGACUCUGCCCACCAUAGCCUCUUCAUUGGUGAUUGGACAGUGACAUAUAAGGCAGCCUGUCUCGAUCAUUUAAAUACAUGUACCUCUCCACAUUACAGGUUCUACUUCUAUUAUCUGUAGCUCACUUGUAUCACAUAAUAUGUACUAAGUUUUUCAUCACUCGACCGUAGAAUGAUAGUGAAUUACUAUUGUGCUGAAAAGAAAAAGAAAAAAAGAAAGGAGAUAAAAGAAAAAGAAAAAAAGAAAGGAGAUAAUAUAAGUUCAAGGCAAAGCUAGGGUUAUAAAUGAUUAUAUCGCUUUUUAUUCCAUGCUAAUUAUAAAGCUACUGUAAACACAAUAGUUGUAUGACAUUAGAAAAAGCUCAUUAACAUAAUAGUAUUAGCAAUUCGUAGAUUACCUUAGUUAGAAAGGAAGGAAGGUUGUUGGCAGAUUUAGGUUCUGCAUCUUGUGCAUGUGUCCUAUGAUGCAGAACCAUGUCGUCUACCACUUACAACUUGGUAUAAAAAUGUGCUUACUUUCCUUCCUUUCCAACUUAUCUAAAAUCUGAUAAUACCGAUGCUUCAGAGCUCUCUUUUAUCUUAUGCAACUAUUUGUUCAAUAGCUUUAGUAGCUUUAGUCCAGCCUCUGAUCUGGGCUGGUUAAGGGAAGGACUUUCACCCCCUCCCCUCAAAAGACCCAGUCCCCCCAAAAGAUUAGUAGAGGUUGGGGAUGAAGAAGCAGCACCUGCCUGUAGAACCAGGCCAGGGAUUAACCUCCAGAGGAUUUUGCUUGUGGGCUUCUGGAACGUCCUGAUCUUCUCAGAGGAUCACAAACUAUUACUAUGGGUUUCAGAGGCCAUGUGACAGAUUGUUUCAGACCUCCCGCUAAUUUUUGGCCCCAUCGUUGAUUAACAAAAGUGAAUAAUUAAGGCACUCCCUUCUCUACGUAAUGCUAAAUUCUGUGUCAAGGAGCUGUCCUCCAGCAUGAACGUAUUGUGACGUUGCUGUGAUGUCACUCCCCAGGGUCUACCCCAUAGUUACCUUCCACCUCACUGACAGGUGAUACCGCUACUCCUACCACUGACAGGAUUACUGUAUUUAUCCACUGUUAUCAAGAUAGCAUAAUGAUAUUUAGGAAAAGUGAGCCUGCCAUCACUUGCACAAGACAUUGUUGCACAUCAUGAGCCAAAAAAUUAGAUUACUUAGUCAAUCAAUUGGGGCAUACGCCCUGGCGGAGUGUUGCCUCACCCACUGUACGGUGCCACUCACAGGGGUUCCCCUGGCGAUUCUCCAUGCAGGCACCCUUCCCAUGCCACAUUCCUCCUGGCAGAAAACAGAGUAAACUCUUAAUAGUAAGAUAGAGCAAAAUAAAAUACUUCAGAAACAGUUCCUCUCAGUUUUCUUGCUUCAGCUGUUGACUACUCAUGUUGGAAAGUAACUAUGGGGUGUAGCCUGGGGAGUGACAUCACAGCAACAUCACGAUGCUGGAGGACAGCUCCUUGAUGUAGAAUUUGUUACGUAUAGAAGGGAAGUACCUAAAUUAUUCAUUUUGUUAUCAAACGACGGUGCCAAAAAUUAGUGGGAGGUCUGAAACAAUCUGACAAAAUAUGAACCUAGUCCAAUGCUUUGUUAGAGUUAUUCCCAAAAAUGAGGGAUCAUAUCCUCUGAAACCUGAGUGGUAGCAGUGGUAGUGUGCUGGGCCCACAUUCACCGCGUGAUGGACGAUGCGGGUUCGAAUCCCCACGCUAGCACUUCGGAUUUUUCAGUCACUGCCGAGUGGCUUAAAAAAAUACCCACAUGCUGUCCUGAAGACCACCCAUCAACCCAGACUUUAGAGGAAACUGUCCAAGGGAAUCAAGGAGGAGUUCUGGGGGGCAACAUGAGCAAAGAGAAGAUGGUGCCUCUAUAAACACUUGCCUGCGCCAUGACGGGCUGGGGGAGAAUAUGCCCAGGGGCUUUGCUUCACUCACUCACUGCCUAUACUGCCAAGAGUCCUUCCUACCAAGCUCUCCCAUGCAGCUACCCUUUCCAUCUCAACUCCUUCCCGGCAGGAUCGAUCGACUUUCCUCGGGCAUGAGUUACGUGGCCCACCAUCCCCUUGGUCUCCUCCAUUCAGGGUUGUCUCAUACAGAAAAAACCCUGUGUGCAGGAUUGAUGUCUGGUAGGCAUGCCAUGUGCCCAAUGCCCAUAUAGCUAGAGUUGUCAUUCAUGAGUUCAGCUGGUAACAGGCCUCGAUUCUGUUUCAUUAAGGAGUCGCUGGUUCAGUAUAAAGUCAUUCCAGGGAUACCCCAUGAUCCUGUGAAGGUACUUGGUACUAAAGGCAUUGACACACCUCUCCAAGUCACUAUUAAGUGUCCAUGUUAUAACCAUACAGUAAGACAGGGAGCACAAGUGACAAAGAUUAUAAUCUUUGUCCACCUGCAUAAAUAUUGAAAACGACAUAUACUCGUGUUGAGUGAGUCCAUAACACCUUGGGCCAGGCCAAUCCAUCGAGUGACUUCCUGGUAUGACCCACCAUUGUUAUGCACAACAUUAUCAAGAUAUGUGAAACUUUUGGUAACCUUGACAUCCUCACCACAUGAAUUAACAGAUUGAAUUAUGUCAUCCAGCGACCAGCAUGCAUCCAAAUGACUAGACCUUGGUUUUGGCCGAGGAGACCUUUAGUCCCAGAGACUUGACCUCCACAUGCGGCACUUUGAGAGCCAAGAACUACUUCACCCUGAGCAGAGGAGGCCGAGGGGAUGCCCACAGAAUUUGUGGCUUGAGCAAGUCGAUACAGCCUCCCGAGAGGUACUUGGGAUGGGAAGGAGGCCUGCAUGGAGAUGAGUAAUUCCCUGCACUUGGCAUUAUAGGGUGGGCGAGGUGAUGCACCCCCCGGCGUAUUCCCCCAUUGACUGUAGCUUCCUAAUUCUAUAAAAAAAAAUGUAGCAUGGAAUAAAAAGCGGUAUAAACAUUUAAUACCCCAUUUAUGAUUUGAACUCAUAUCUAUUUCACUUUUUCAACAGUAGUAAUCCACUGUCAUUCUACUUUCUAGUGAUGAAGAAACCAAUUUGGUAUUUCAUGACAUAGGUGACCUACAGAGAAUGAAAGUAGAAUAUGUAGUAUGGAGAUGCUAGUGUCUUUAGAUGAGCCCACUAUUGUGACUAACCCACACAAAAUUACUACUACGACAUUUAUGAAUGCAAAUAUUAAUUAAGAUGGCAAGAAGUUACAAUCCACAAAUUUUUAUGUGACCACCACAUUGUGCAGGUAACAUUUUUUAGUAUUAUAUUAUAUUCAAUAAAGAUUAUGCAAUGUC